AUGGCGGAAACCACUGAAAAUGGCGUCAUGGAAGUGGUGACGGCUGGUGUCAUAGCAGAGAGGCAGAGACAGAAUGCAAAAGAUGGAUAUAAGCAAUAUUCUGCACCAACCACAAAAAUCAAGAGGGCAUAUCUGACGGACGGAGAGCUGUUGAGGCGCUGCGGCCCAGCUCGCAGUAGCGGCCCUCGGGGCUGUCCGGCCCUGUGGGGCGAAUUUCUGGCUGCCAUGGCCGCCGCCGGCUUGCGCGCCUUCGGGACAAAGGGGCCCGGCUGGCUCCGGCGAAGCCCCUGGGCUCCGCUCUCCUCCGGCUUCUGCAGCAGGGGUCCGGCCGGGGCCGGACGGCCGGAGCUCGGGCCGCGACUCACCAACGCGCGGCAGCGGGACGGCAUCAGGAACAUUGUCCUGAGUGAUCCGAAGAAGAGGAACGUGCUGUCAUUAGCCAUGCUGAAAUCUCUGCAAAGUGACAUUCUUCACGAAGCUGAAAGCAAAGAUCUGAAAGUCAUCAUCAUUUCAGCUGAGGGCCCUGUAUUUUCUUCUGGGCAUGAUUUAAAGGAACUGACAGAUGAGCGAAGCCCAGAUUAUCAUGCCGAAGUAUUUCAGACCUGUUCCGAGGUCAUGAUGCUGAUCCAGAACCACCCGGUCCCCGUCAUCGCCAUGGUGAACGGCUUGGCCACCGCGGCCGGCUGCCAGCUGGUCGCCAGCUGCGACAUCGCCGUGGCGAGCGACACGUCCUCUUUCGCCACUCCGGGGGUGAACAUCGGGCUCUUCUGCUCCACGCCGGGGGUGGCCUUGGGGAGAGCGGUGCCGAGAAAGGUUGCCCUAGAAAUGCUUUUCACCGGGGAGCCCAUUUCUGCCCAGGAGGCCUUGCGGCACGGGCUGCUCAGCAAAGUCGUGCCAGAGGAGCAACUGGAGGAGGAGACCAUGAGGAUCGCAGGCAAGAUUGCCUCCUUGAGCCGUCCAGUGGUGGCUUUGGGCAAGGCCACCUUCUACAGGCAGCUGCCCCAGGACCUUCGAACGGCCUACCACCUCACCUCCCAGACCAUGGUGGACAACGUGGCCCUGAAGGAUGGGCAGGAGGGAAUCAAGGCCUUCAUCCAGAAGAGAAAACCCAUCUGGUCGCAGUGAGUGGUCUCACCAGAGAUGUGCAGGAAGAGGGGGCCCCACCCCCACUUCUGACGCCCAAACACCACUGCUGCCUCGUGACUCUGUCGAAGGCAGCCUGCUGUGUAACAGUAGACAUGGCUUCAGUGUACGAGGUCUGUAGGAAAGGCCAUGAUCCCC